ACUAACUACUUAAAAAAAACUUUGCAAAUUAAAAAUACGAGCUUAAGGCCGUGUUUGUGUGUUGCGUUUGAGUUGGCGAUUCCGAAAUGGAGGACGACGGUUCCAACUCGAUCCGCCGCAUGUCAAGCCGAACGCGAAAAGUUGCGUCCAAAAUGGCCGCCGCGCUUGCCAGCGCUGACAACCGCACUCAGGCGGCACUUGCACGCUUGGAUGCAUUGGAGAAUGACAAUGCGGGUUUUGAAAUCGCAGAUGCCAAUAAUGAUGACGAUGAUGCUUCUCUAGACGAGGAGGAUCAAUUUUAUAUGCAGAAAAAGCAGUCUAAAGGCACCAAAAGGAAAACCAGGCAGGCAAAAGCACUUGAAGCUAGAAGGGCCCCAAGAACAUUCCUUGAGCUCUUACAUGAGGCUAACUUAGAAUCAUUGCCUCCUCAUGUGCCCUCCUAUUGGAAAGCCGCAGUUGGACCCCCAAGCUCAACCUCCCGUCGCCACUUCUGUACCGUUUGUGGUUUUUCUGCUAAUUACACUUGUGUGAGAUGUGGUAUGCGGUUUUGUUCCCAUAGAUGUCAAAAUGUACACAAUGAUACCCGUUGCUUGAAAUUUGUAGCCUGAUUGAUAUAUAGCCCAUAAAAAUGUGCACAAGUAUUGGAUACAUACUGCUGUAAUUUGUUAUAUAUCAGUGUUCACUAGCACUGUGUAAAAGCAAGUUCUUUGCUCAACUUUUCCUCUUUUGUUGCCCUUCAGACUAGUGUUUUCAGUUAGUCAGUUACAAUUCUGAAAACUGCAUAAUCUGACCCCUAUUGGAUCCUGUUAAUCUAGUUAACCUUGUUAAA